CAUCAUCUGGACAUCCCAACUGCUACAUGUAGAUGCCGUAAGCACUGGCAAUUAUAUGUUGGAGCCCACACGCAGGUACCUCUCCUAUUCUCUUUCCCCUCUGCAACGUCACAGGGAGCUGCACGACAUUCAAAGCUCCGUUGUAAGUCUAACCCCCUAAAGAACCCGGCUUUCGUUUUCAAUUGCAGUCCCUUUAUACUCAGUUUCCUGCAUCGUUUUCACAGAUUUUUGUAAGGGUUGAUAGAUUUUUUUUGUGAUGAUUUGAGGGAAGAAGUUGAGUUUUGUUGCGCGUGUCCAUUCCUCUUCUCCAAUCCUCCUAAUUGAACUAGGUUCCCGUAUACAUCUUUAUUUGCCCCUAUGGAUGUUAAGCACUGGAAUGACAAGCGUGAGAGAGAAAUGUAUGGGAAUUUUGCAGAGCUUUACGCCAUAAUCAUAGCCACAGAGAAGCUCGAGAAGGCCUACAUUCGAGAUAUCAUAUCUCCUUCUGAGUAUGAGGCUGAGUGUCAAAAGCUUAUUGCCCAUUUCAAAACCCUUGCUUCCACACUCAAAGAUACUGUCCCUAGCGUUGAACGUUUUGCGGAUACGUAUAAGAUGGACUGCCCUGCUGCUAUAAACCGGCUUGUGACAUCUGGGGUGCCUGCCACGGUGGAGCACCGUGGUGCUCAAGCGGCCUCUGCCACCACCUCAGCUGCCGUUGUGGCUGAGUGUGUGCAGAACUUUAUCACUGCCAUGGAUUCAUUGAAACUUAACAUGGUGGCCGUUGAUCAAGUGUAUCCUCUCCUGUCCGACCUCUCAGCUUCACUCAAUAAGCUAAGCAUUCUGCCUCCAGAUUUUGAGGGGAAAAUGAAGAUGAGGGAGUGGAUUUCAAGAUUGUCCAAGAUGGGGGCGGCAGAUGAAUUGACAGAGCAGCAAGCUAGGCAGCUGCACUUUGAUUUGGAGUCCUCCUACAAUUCAUUUAUGGCGCUUUUGCCUACUGCUGGUACUUGAUUGGUUUGGUGUUUCAUUGGUGUAAGUCUGCAUAUAACGUCUUUUGCUGCACCAUUACUAAUUUUUAGUUUACAUUAUUGGGAGUGAUUGUAUUUCUGUACUCCCAAGUAAUAUUCUGUGUUGAUCAUGGAUGGAAUUGUUUAUCAUGUGAUAUUAUCGAUUUCAAACUCUGUUUUGCAAUGUUAUCAUAUUCAUUCUCCUAUUGUUUUAGCUGUACAAUCCUUUUGUUCACCAAUAAAUGAUUUUGUUCUUU